AUGCGACUUAGCAUAUUUGCGGUUGUUUUCGGCGCUGCAUCUUCUGCAGUUUUUCAUGCUCCACUUCUUUGGAGAAGAUCAGAAAAGGUGGAAAUGAUUGCCAAAGGAAAAUAUUCAGAUUACAAAGACAAAUUGGAAUCUUUGCGAAAGCAUGAUACAGCUGGUAUUAUGCUGCAUGAGCUUAGUUCCGAAUAUUUCCAACAAAUCACAAUCGGGAGACCAGAACAAUACCCGUUUUGGAUGUGGCUAACAACAUUCUCUUCGAUGAUGUGGAUAACAACUUCUCAAUGCAAAAGUCCAAUUUGCGACCAAAUGAAGAAGUUCGAUCCAGACAACUCGACAACGUUCAUUUCAUUCAUAGACUCGUGGAAAAGUGUGGCUUACGAUGGGACUGCAAGUGGACAAAAAAUGGGCAGUGACGAGAUGCGGCUUGGAGGUGUACAUGAGUCCCAGCAGUUCGUACUACGGACCCAGUUUGGCAUUGCUACAAAAGUGAAUGUUACGCAGAAUGAGGUACAUUAUGACGGAACGAUAGGUCUUGCAUUUGGAGAAUACAACAACAGUAAAGGAUUUCCAUUUGUCACCAAUGCUAUAGAAAAAGGAAACUUUGACAAACCUGUCUUCACGAUUUGGUUGAGACCCUACCCCGUUGUUGGCGAUUCUGGAGGAGUCAUUACUUAUGGUGAUAUUGACACUUACAAUUGUGGUCCCGUAAUCCAGUAUGAGAAUAUAACUUCUGACAUAGCAUAUAUUUACACAAUUGAUCGUAUCUCUAUGGGGACCUGGCUAUAUAAGAUGCGCUUUGAUGUUGAAAUUCAUCUCAGCAGUUUUAUUUUGGGGCCAGAAUACAUUGUUGAACUCUUUGCCAAAGAUGCCAGCGUCGAGAUAGGAGAUGAUGGAGAAUACUAUGUCGACUGUGACGCCAAAUUCAACGAUUUGGAGAUCAGCUCCGGGGACAUUAUAUACAAAAUCAGUUACGAGAAGCUAAUUAUACAGGGUAGAGUUAAAACUUGGUUGGAAAAGCGGCGGGAAAGCAGGUACGGGUAUUAG